AGUGAUCUUUAUCAGUCCCCUGCUCUUCUCCUCAGCCUCACAAUGUGGCUGUGUGAUUUGUGUCUGUGGCUCGAUCCGAGGGGAAUGCUGCUUUUUAUUUUUGCCGUUCUCCUCCUAGUGUAUUUUCAGAGCAAAAAGGAUCCACCCAACUUUCCACCAGGACCGCCAUCUCUCCCUCUUUUAGGAAACAUAUUCAACAUUGAAUCUAAACAGCCUCACGUUUACCUCACCAAGCUAGCUGAUGUUUACGGGAAUGUGUUCUGCAUACGUCUGGGAAGACACAAAACAGUGUUUGUGUCUGGGUGGAGAAUGGUGAAGGAAGCCUUAGUCACACAGGCCGACAACUUUGUGGACCGGCCUUACAGCCCGAUGGUGACCAGAAUUUAUUCAGGGAACUCAGCCGGGCUUUUCUUCAGUAAUGGGAAUGUGUGGAGGAGACAGCGGCGUUUUGCCAUGGCCAUGUUACGUACCUUUGGUCUGGCCAAGAGCUCCAUGGAGCAGAGCAUCCUCGAGGAGAGUCAUCAUCUGCAGGAGGCGAUGGAGAAGGAGAAAGGUGAGCCGUUUGACCCUGUGCCCCUCUUAAACAACGCCGUGGCCAACAUCAUCUGCCAGAUAGUGUUUGGGAGACGAUUUGACUACAGUGACCACAACUUCCAGAGCAUGCUGAGGAAUCUGACUGAGAUGGCCUAUCUGGAGGGCUCCAUAUGGGCUCUACUUUAUGAUGCGUUCCCAGCACUGAUGAAACACCUGCCGGGGCCUCACAACGGCAUCUUCAGCAACUCCAAAUGUCUGGAGGCAUCUAUCAGGGCAGAGGUCGAGAGGCACAAGUUGGAUCUGGACCCCAGCAACCCACGAGAUUACAUCGACACCUUCCUGAUAGAGGAGAAACACACCAGGAACAGUGACCUUGGUUUUAACGAAGGCAACUUGGUUCUGUGUUGUCUGGAUCUGUUCCUGGCUGGAAGUGAAACCACUUCUAAGACUCUGCAGUGGGGCCUCAUCUACCUCAUCAAGAACCCUCAUAUCCAGGACAAAGUCCAGGCAGAGAUAGACAGAGUGAUCGGACAGACCCGACAGCCCACAAUGGCAGACAGACCCAACCUGCCCUACAGCGACGCUGUCAUCCAUGAGAUCCAGAGGAUGGGAAACAUCGUUCCUCUCAAUGGACUCAGAAUGGCCGCCAAGGAUACGACUGUGGGCGGUUACGUCAUACCCAAGGGAACCUCAGUGAUGCCCAACCUGACCUCUGUGCUGUUUGACAAGACUGAAUGGGAAACUCCCGACACAUUUAACCCUGAACACUUCCUGGAUGCAGAAGGAAAGUUUGCAAGGAGGGACGCAUUUUUACCUUUCUCUGCGGGAAAGCGUGCAUGUCUGGGUGAAGGCCUGGCCAGAGUGGAGCUGUUCCUGUUUUUCAUCACUUUGUUUCAGAAAUUUUAUUUUUCCACUCUGGAUGGAGUCGAGCUGAGUACAGAGGGAAUCAUCGGAGCCACACGCACGCCGUACCCCUUUAAGAUCUAUGCCAGAGCCCGCUGAACCCUGCAACAUAUCCCAAACUACAAACUGUUGCUUUAUACACAGACAACACAUGCUGCAUCUGUGGCUUGUUCUCCUGUCAAUACAAAUGCCAGAAUUCAACAAUAUGUCCUGUCUACAGCACGUGUGUGUCAAAUACUGGAACUGAUUAUGGUGGCAUGAGGGAAUGUUUUGUGUAAUAGGUAAUAGGGGAACUAUAGCCUACUUUGUUCUGCUGCAGCACAUAAUAGCAUAAUGUGUGACUGUUGAUAAAUUGUCAUUUUUCCAACGCUGACACUGAUCUGUAACCAGCAAGCAGCAGCAAAACUCUCCAAGUAUCCACUGUUACUCACUUGACACUACUUGUGGUGGACACCGAUCAGCCACAACAUUAAAACCAACCAAAAAUCUGCUCAGGAAUGGCCUGGAGAACGUGACAGAGCUCAAGGUGUUGACCUGACCUCCAAAUUCCCCACAUCCUAAUCUGACUGAGCAUCCACGGGAGGUACCGCUACCCCAGAGGUCCUGUGUCCAUGCCUCCAUGGGUCAGAGGCUCAGAGCCAAGUCUGAUUCACUGUGGGGCCUCCUUGGAUUGGAUUUGGCCCUGACCUUUGGAGGAAUGGACACAGGACCUCUCUGUGGUGUCUGGUACCAGAUCUCUUGAGUCUUGUGGGGUGUGAGGUCAGGUCCUGGCACGUCCCACAUUUGACUGAUCAGAUUAGGAUCUGGGGAAUUUGGAGGCCAGGGCGACAUCUUGAGCUCUUCGUCGUGUUCCUCUGGCCAUCCCUGAGCAGUCUGGGGCAUCGUACUGGGGGGAAUAAAGGUUUAUCAGCAGAUAGCCUCUUUGAGAUGAACCGUCUGGCUUGCGAGGGGUCCAACACGAAACAUACAACACACUUCAUUACACUGGACACAAACACAACAUCGGUCUGCACUGGUGUUUGAGUGGGUGGCGGGUGCCAAGUGGCAGCCAAUCCACAUAACUGCCAGGACUCCACUGUCAACUGUCCCACAGCUCACCUGUCAGUAGGUUUGAUGCUGCGGCUCAUCUCUGAAAAUGAUUUCAGUUGGACCACUACAAAAAUAAAUGUUGACACAGAAAAGGCCAGAGUUUGUUCUCUUUCUGUCUCUGGUUGGUCA